GUAGUCGUUGGUGUAGUCCAGUGACGUCACUGACGCAGUGGUUGCUGGGUAUGUGGGUGGAUGACAGCAUCCCACACAGAGCGGUGUUACUUCAUUGCUGGAUUGAUGAAAGAAAUGAUGCUCGCCUCUACUGCCAGCGGUAGCAGCAUAAUGAAACUCUUGUGUACCCGGGGUGUUGUGGUUGUGAUGUACAUGGUUGUACUUACCCUCAGUACAGUCGCUUUAGCAAGUUCCACACCCAGAAGUGCGACAGGUGACAAUACGUGUGAUCUUGGUGCACUACGCAAAGCAAAGAUUCUCCGAGGCUACAGGUUCUUGGCUUCUGUGGCAUUCAAAAGGCCAUGGUCACCUGACCUGGACAACAAACACAGCCAAACGUACAACGAAACACUGAGUGACAUCGGGGAUUGGGUGAAGGAGAUCUUUGACCACAGCUCGAGGGCUUGGUGCUUCACGUGUGAGGUGGCUAAUCUCACAAGACACGGAACCGAACUUGCGGUCAUCCUCCAGGUGCACGUGACCUGCCAGAACGUGACGGCCAAGGACGUAAAAGCCGCGUACGAGGAAGGUUACGAUGGACUGAAGAGUGAAUACUAUGGAUGUGUCGACAGUAUCGGCCCAACUAUUACAGUUGGCCAAUCUUACAGUGACCUUAUCGAACUUGAACCUGCAAGCACGACCUAUCCACCCCCAUCCAGCAACCCAAACACAGUCUGUGGCCAGUCUCAGCGCUAUCCUGUACCCAGAAUCGUGGGGGGUGCUCCGACACACCGCGGACAGUACCCGUGGGUCAUCCUCCUGUUGAAUGACGGCCAACCCGUGUGUGGAGGCAGCAUCUGGGACUACGACAUCAUCCUGACUGCAGCUCACUGUGUCAACAAGUUACUGCGGAACAGGACUACCGGCGAGCUGAACACCACUCUACUCGACAUCAUCGCCGGCAAGUGGGAGUUCGACCUCACCCUCACCCAAUUCGAGCAGAAAGUGCACGUGACCUCGGGCCGCAUCCACGCAAAUUACGAUGACGUGUCGUUCCAUAACGACAUCGCCCUGUUGAAGUUAGCUCAGCCUCUGAAGCGCAACGCGCUGGUGAUGAAGGUCUGUCCUCCUCUACCCACUGACCCUCUCCCACCCAGUGGGAUUGUGGCCGGGUGGGGAUCAACAUCAGCGGACCCCACCAAGCCGGUCUUUCCACUACAACUACAGUUUGUAGAGCUCAGUCUUUACAACUACAUGGACUGUAACAGACUGUUCGGCUCAGUGUUCAGUGGCAGUCGCAAUUUGUCUUUCUAUGUGAACAACGGGACACUGUGUGCUGCCAACGGUUUCAAUGGAGGAAAGGAUGCGUGUCAGGGCGAUGCAGGGGGACCACUGUUUCAAAACGUGGGAACUGCAGGAACUGAGCGCAACACCAUCUUCGGCAUCGUGUCUUCCGGUUACAUGUGUGGUCACCAAGGAGACCCUGGGGUUUACACUCUGGUCCAAUCUUACCUCGACUGGAUAAGCACCACGAUUCCCCUUCUGUAACUGUACAGACUUGUUAGCAUGAAUACAAAUAAGCACACACACACAAACGAACACAUGCACGAGCUUACGCGGAUGAUGUGGCAGUUACACAGUCAAGCACACAAAACGAAAAAACAAAAAAGUGCUGACAGCGACUUUUAAAACUGUUUACUUGACAGACAAUAUCCUGAAAUAGUAUAGAAAUCACGAAUCUGAUUGUCAUCAUUCUUUUCUUACAAUCAUUUUGUUACAUGUAAUGUGUUCUCAAUAUUUUCUUACGAUACUUUUCUGAUUUUAGAAAUGUCUGCAAUAUAUGUACAGUGAUGCUUGAUCCUUGCUGCUUGACUGCCUCUGUGUAAGGAACUUAAACAUCCAAAGUAGUUCAAAGUAGUUCCUGCAAAAUGACCGGUAAAGAGUCGAAGUGUCCUGCCUCCAAAGUGCCCUAAGUACCCUUAUAUUAGUAAAUACAUUUGCAAUACAGAGCCAAACCUCAACAUGUUAACCACAGUUUCAAUGUCCUGAACAUUCACCCAACCCCCACCUUCGGUUUCAUGUGACUUGCACAGAAUACUUUGCUGAGUGGGAUCACGUGAUUUCACUUGUGCUGAGUUGAGAGACUUAAUCACUGAUCACACCCGCUUGAAACUGUGAGUGCAUUGUGACUGAUGUAAAGAGUAGCUACAGCAAUAAUAAUAAUAACAACAACAAUAACAACAACAAUAAUAUACUUUGAAUUUAUGCAAAACACGUCUAUCAUCUUAAAUUAUUUUUAAAAUAUUUAGAACAGAAGAUGUAUUGCAGCUUCCCCUCUCUGUAUAUUAGACGGAUGUGCCACUGCGCAUGCGCACAACGCGGUGGGACGGGCCUAGGGUCUGGCGUUCAACACGUGGGUCAUGAGAGUGUGAGGUGGAGACAUCCACUAUCAGCGGGUAGGAAAGUUCACGACAGGAAAGGAACAUGACAAAUGAUGUUUUGUGAGCGUGGACCUGAGACCCUUCUGAUAACAAUUGUCACUUAGUUACCGACCCUUAGUUACACAUCAUCUCACAUCCUGAACACAUAGCAACACCGUUGUUAGGUCCUUGUUUAGUUUUAACUAUUUAUUUGAAAAAUGUAAUACUGAUGUAGACGGUAUGAUAUGGUACUAUGUAGUACGUAUAAUUGUGUGUGCGCUUUAUAUUUAUAUAUCCAUCUAUAUAUAUGUAUAUAUCUCAGAAGGCUGAGACGUUAAAAAAUAUGCCAAACAGCAGAAGUAAAAUUAUGAAAGAGAUAACUUUAUUUAUGGUUUAAAUUGUUUCGUUCAAUGCUGCAUUGUUCUUCUUAAAUGUGAUUUUCUUAGUAUUUUUAAUGCAAUGACGCUGCAAAGAUGUUGUUUUGUUGUCCAUGCCUUUGACCAAUACAGUUUUGUUUUCAAAU